AUGGCCACUUCCAUUUUGAGGCAUCCCUUGCGUCGCGCUGAUGGUUGUCACACUUCAUCUACAUACCAGCAUCGCGGGCAAGCCUCGUUCGUUUCAGGAGUGGUUGGUUGGCACGCAAAUGCUGUGCAUAAACGAUCACUUUCCUCAUCCGCAUACAACUCUGCAACUCUCCCUACAACUACAAGCACCCCCAAAUCAGCGCACGCUUCCCUAGCCAUGAAGAAAUCAGCCAUGUGUAGCAGGAAGGUCAAGGCUCACAUCUUUCCAAAUCACAAACGAAGCGCUAAACAGCCCAAUACCCGAGCUAGUAAUCGAGUGAUGUCCAUGGAGUCACUCACAGCCCGUCUUGCACUAGUCCCGAACAAAACUACGAAAUCUCCCAUAUCAUCUUGCCCCGGCACCGAGACGCGAGCGAGGAUGACAUCGCCUGCAACGAAUGUCACGCGGUCUUUGGGCACUUCCGAUGGAGAAGAUCCAGCUCAUGCCAUUCCCGCCGCUGACGAGCACCUGGACACGAUCCCCGAAGCUAUCGUCAAGCCAGAUUCAGUGAUCGAAACAAUCCCAAAUGUUCUUACUACACCAGACUUCAAUACUGAGGGGAUGAUCAACGGCGCUGUGUGGUUGGUUCUGGAAGACCGCGAUGUCGGCGAGGGAACCGGCGGCGACGAGGACUGCGAUAACGACGAAAAUUAUGGCAGCGACGAGAAGAGCGACUGCGACCACCAGCGCCAUCACCACCCCCACCCUCUACAAGCCUCCGCUAUACAGGCAACGGGAAAGAGGAAGGACAUCGAAUUACAAGGACAUCAAGCCUCGAAUUCGCGCUGCACCCGCGUCGGCCUUCCUCCUCUCUCAGUCACACCAGCGCCAGGAACUGCUCUUGGACUCCUCGGACCAUCGUCCGUACCUACCGCGUUUCUCUCAACCUACACAAACGAGGUAAAGAUAGCCAGGAUUGAACCAUACGGCGUGCCUGAAGUUCCAGCCUACGCUCGUUCUUCGAUGUCGUCGUGGUUUCACUCCCCAGCCAAUUCUUCGAUUCAGGGCACUGUCCAAGGUCUUCCCCUCCCAACUAGACGUCGCCGUACUCACCAAGUUGAGCCGCGUCCUUUUGCGCGCAACAAGAAUGAGAUCACUCCGCACAACAAGCCAGAGGUACCAAAGGAGGGUCCGACUCCGUGGGUGAAACGCUUGCCAAUGUACAAAGCGGUAGUAAUGUCGGGCUUUGACAAGAAGUAA